GUAGUCCCCAGAGUCAACCUUGUCCUCAUUGGCGUGGAGGGUGUGCGUGUCGUCGCCAUUUUCGUCAAGGUCAAAGUCCUGCAGAUGCAGAGAGGACAUGAUCAUAGCAUGCUAGAUGGUCUUAGGACAUCCGUCAAGGAGUGUUCUGACCGGGGCUUGUUUGCGGCGUCCAAGUGGGCAUCCGAGCUGUUGCUAUCUGUUCCAUUCUCGAGAAGACACGCAUCUGGAUUGAACUUGUCUGAUCCCGCGUACGUUGCGACGCAGGAUUCAGAGGCUGCCGCCACGUCUUCGCGGCACCCUGAUGCACCGAACAUCCAGCUGGUCUCGGAGAGCACGCAAACCCUGCAGCGGGAGCUCGAGAUGCUAGAGGCUGAUGCAUUGUCCACUGCACGCACCCUGAUCGAGGCACGAAAUCCCAUGUCUGCACUGCAUGCCCUACAAAACUGCCGGAGUUCCAAAGCGAUGUUCCUCAGCCUCUACAUACAAUUUUUGGCUUCAGAAGGCAGAGCUUUGAGAAGCUGGCAUAAAUAUGAUAACAACCGAUUCCAGCCGCGAGAUCCAGUCAAUCCUGCUAUUGACAAGAUGUUGACUGAAAUAACUCACUGUCUGGAGACGGAUCAUAUUGACGACCCCUGGUUGCUGUAUCUGCAUGGCCUCUUCCUCUCCAGGAUUCCUGAGCGGCGGGAUGAGGCCAUCGAGAGUGCCAUAUUAUCGAUCGCAGGGUUUCCCUGGAACUGGGCCGCGUGGAUGUUACUGAGCAGUUGCAUUGGAGAUGGAGAAGAGCUAACGUCUAUCAUGCCUCUGCUUCCUCUUGCAUCGUCCCACCCGAUGGUUCAGAUGUUUCAGGUCAAAACCAUGAACGAGCUGCAGAUUCCGUCGGACAACGAGAUCGGUCUAUGUGAUCAGCUUUUGUCUCGGGAAAUGUUUCCAGGGAGCAUCUGGCUGAUGAGUCUUCGGGCCUUUGCCUUGUAUUGUAGUCAUGAGUUCAAACGCGCAGAGACGCAGUUCGAAAGGAUCUUCGCGCUCGAUCCACAUCGCGUUGAAGACGUGGACACAUACUCGAAUAUUCUUUACACAGUCGACAAUCGCUUGAAAUUAUCCAGAAUGGCCAAUGACCUACUGCUCACAGACAGAGACCGACCUGAAGUCUGCUGUUUAGUAGGCAAUCUAUACUCGCUGAGAGGCGAACACGAUAAAUCGGUGAAAUUCUUCCGGCGAGCGACUCAGUUGGACAGAACAUACCUGCCGGCCUGGACUUUGAUGGGACAUGAAUAUGUCGAGAUGAAAAACUCGCACGCUGCAAUCGAAUCCUAUCGUAAAGCGAUAGAGGUCAAUCGGAAAGACUACCGAGCAUGGUAUGGGUUGGGCCAAGCCUAUGAACUUCUGAACAUGCACCAAUAUGCACUACACUAUUAUCAUUACGCGACAGCGCUGAGACCCUAUGAUGUUCGACUCUGGCAAGCGCUCGGUUUCUGCUACCAAGAGAUGGGCAAGCUUCAGGAGGCAAUUGAUUGUUUCAAACGUGCCCUGAUAACCGCCGACUCUCAUGAAAUUACCCUGGUGGCCCGACUGGCCGAUCUCUACGGCUUGCUACAGGAUCCGAUUGAGAGCAUCGCAUAUCAUAGGCGGGUGGUGGAGAUAUCCCAAGCAUGUGGUCGCCCGAUUGGAGACUUUGCAAAAUCUAGCUUGAAAGUGGCUGAAUACCAGAUGAACACCGACGGUGACCUUCUCCUUGCGCAGGAAUAUCUUCGGCCUAUUGCCGUCAGCAACGUUGAGGAAGUCGUCCGGGCGACUGACCUCUUGAAAGCUGUCACAUUGAUGUUGGAACAACGUAGGAAUACAGCAAGGGUAGCAAGUCUUGCGAUGUCAGUAGAGACGGUACAGCCCACUUGAAGUUGCCCGUUUCCCAUGUAUAAUAUAUUGGACAUCAGGUUUCUCGACCCAAACUGAUUUGUCACGCGUUCUGGUUUGGAUCGUGCAAACAAGUCGGAUGUCGACGAAUUUUCAGCCCUCUCUUCCUUCCUCUCACGCGUCCACGAGCCGUAUCGAUCCAUCUCCGUCAACGCACUAUCCGAAUGCUUCAGCUCUUGCUUCGUUUUCAGUCCCCCUAGCGGCUCAGCCAACAUAUACCGUCACUAAUGGGACCUGGAAAGUUCCAGCUAAUUGGGCCUUGCCUACCGCUCAUGGGACGCCUAUCCCAUCGAAGAAGAUACCAGCGCCAAAGAGAACACCAGAGGAGGAGGAGAUUGUCAAGGAAACUGCAGCUCGUUUCGCUUCGCAAUUAGCCUCAGACCAUACUGCCGUUUUGAACCCUAGCACCGAUGCCUUUGUCGACGUGGACGAUGUCGUCAAACGACUUCUGCCCUACCAUGUCUACUAUCAACCACGCGCCGAUCUGGACAGGAAGGGGAAGGGUAAAGCUGAGGACGAGAUGAAAUCUGAGAUCAAAGAAACCAAAUUUGCUCUUGAGUGUUUUAAGCGGAAGCGAAAACUGGAAGAGAGGUAUCGACAGAUUCGGACACGUCAGGGAAAGCGACCCGCACCAGAUGACCAAGCCGUCUUUCUUGAGCAAGCCGUGCUCGAGGCCGAUCGAACAGAGAGCGCGAUGCUCAAUGCUGAGUUGCGAGGUGUCAGGCUUCAUUUGGAUAAAAUCGAACGCGAGAGGCGCAGCCAGAACGCCCGUGUCCAGGCCGCCACGCAGUACUAUCGGACCUAUCCAUAUGCAUAUGCUCAGCAAUACGCACAAGCAGCUUCGGGAACCGCUGCGGUACCUCAACCAGGAGCAUCAGCUUCGACCGUGUCUCAGCCGGUGACACUACCGAGUGCUCCGGCAACGCAACCCAUACCUGUCCAGUUGCCUGUGGCGCUAUUGCCCAGUCUGCAAACUCUCGGUAUUCAACCUGUCCCGGCCUCAUCGUUGUCAAAUGGGACCGCCCAAGCAACAGCUGUUCUGACUGGAUCUUCGCCCGACGGAACUGUACUAAAUCUUGAAAUCAACAUCGGGCUGCUGCAGCCUACACAGAUUGAUGGCCUGCGUUUCAUAUUGUCGUCUCUGUUGCCUGCGGCUGCUGCAGGCCAGGCAGGAGCUGGUUGAAUUGGCGUUCCGCAAAGAGUUUGUACAUAGUUCAGAAGUAAUCCUUAUAACCGAAAGCAAGCUUGGUGUAUUGGCAAUCCGCAUAUUAUUAUCAUGAAUGACAACAGUGAUGACCAGGCCCGUCGCCUGAAUUAGCGCUUUCGUUUACUGCCAGGAACAAGCAUUGCGGCACGUAGGAAGAGAGCGGUGGGAGACUGUACAGGGUUCAAAGAAGAUUGAAUUGGAGUUUUAGCGGAAGACGAAUACGGUCACAGAGAGAGAAAAAAGUAAAUUAUGUGCAUCGCCCUACUAUCUAGAAAUCCAUCAUCAGGCGCAAAGAGCCCAUAGUGUUGCUAGCGAAAGGGGACCCUGGUAGUAGUUCUCCGACAGCUGUAGAUAGGAAACCUCCCCAGUUUGCACAGAACUGGCAAGGGGCAAAUAAGUCGUU